GGCUUUGAAGAAACAUUUAACAUAAUCGUUAUGCCAUAAGCUGAUAAUUGGAGUGGUAAUCUUCACAAGAAGAGUGGAAGGUAUAAAUAUGAUAUAGAUCGGAUUCGACUCCAUUAGUUCCAAAGUGCUCAGCGAAAUGAGACAUUUGAUCAUUGUAAGUGUUUUUGUGGCGUUUGCCUUUGGGCAAAAUUACCAGGCAAGAAGAUCACCUCAACCAUUCCAACCACGAAGACAGGAACAGAAUAACCAACUAGAUAAUGAGGAAAAUUCUGAGCAAUAUCAAAACGAGGACAAUAACAGGCAGCAAUAUCAUUCCCAAGUGAAAUCUGAACCAAACGAAAGAAUCAGGACUACAACAUUCAUCCCGAUUAUCAGAUUCGAUAAGGAACAGGGAACUGAUGGAAGCUACAAAGCAUCAUGGGAAACUGGUAAUGACAUCUUCACCGAAGAGGAAGGAUACCUAAAGAACCUUGGGCCUGAUCCAGAUAAUGAGGGCCAGAAUCUGAAUGCCCAGGUUCAGCAAGGAUCCUAUUCCUAUACUUCUCCAGAUGGUCAAAACAUAACAGUACAUUAUUAUGCUGAUGAAACUGGUUUCCACCCAUCAGGUGACCAUUUGCCAACUCCACCUCCAGUCAGUCCUGAAGUGCAAAAGGGAUUGGACCUGAUAUAUGAAGGAAUCAGAGCUCAACAGGAAGCAGCUGAAAGAGAAGCUCGAGAAAAUCCCAAUUCUCAAAAUGUCAAACAAUACGAGGAUAACGGACAAUACAGGCAACAAUGAUUUCACACCCAAAUGAAAUGUGAUUUUUAGUGAAUUCAAAAAAAUAUCAAUUCUGAUACCUUCACACAUACAACUUCACAAGUUACUGGUUCCGAAACAAUUGCAAUUGUGUUCAAAUCCCAUUUAUUGUACAAUGCAAAUUUAAUGUGUAGUUGCACAAAAUGUCAGGGGAUAUUGCUUAAUCUUUCUUCAUGCACCACCUUUUGAUGUAUUUUACCAGCAUUAUGUUAUUAUUUACACACAUCUUCAGACUGACGACAUGACUUAUGAAAUUAAGAAUAAUGUCUUAGAUAGGUAAACAAAGUAUUGAGAAUGAUAAGUGUUAUUAUAUAUUAUAUUUUUUUUAUAAAAUAUAAAAAUUUAUACCUAC